AUGAGAGAAACCCACAUUGUCUCUAGGCACUGUUUAUAUGAAAGGGUUAGACUGGUGUUUGGACUGCAUUGUUCUAAACUUGUGUUUCAGCUGGUGCUCUCGGACCUACUAUGUGAAGAACAUGAAAUGUGCACAAAUUAUAACAGUCAACACCCUAAUGGUUGGUAUAUCUGGUUCCUGCUGCUGAUUUUCCUGGUGGUUCUUCUCUGUGGAACUGUGCUCUUCUGCCUCCAGUGCUGGCUGAAAAGAUCUCAAAUUGUUUCCCCGAGACAGACUGUGGCCGUUUUCUCUGUUGGAGACUUGGACGCUGUUUAUGGGACAGAAGCAGCUGGGAGUCCAACUAUUGGAAUUCACCUUCAAACUCAAAACCCUGAACUGCAUCCUGUUCCGUGUUUUGGUGCUCUAGGUCCCCCACCUCCAUAUGAAGAAAUUCUAAAAACAAGCCGAUUUUAG